CAACGAGGCCCCAUCUUUUAGAUUCCAGUUUAGGCCUCGGGCUGGAGGCUGCGGACCAGACCCCCCCUACAGCGACAGUGCGCAGGCGCGAGGUCUGUAUCGCGAGACCACACAGUUGCCCGGUCACCCUUCUCCAUCAAUGCUACUAUUCAAGCAAAGCGUCGGAAAUUAGCGCCUCGUAUGACCAGCCGAUUCGGUUCCAGUCCUUUGGAAAUGUAAUCCUAUUCGCCCGGGCAACCCGGCGCGCUAAGGAGCUCACAGCCCAGCCUCGCCCCCGCGCCCGUGACCAAUGGGAGGCGGCCGGGCCGGGAGCGGGGCCAAUGGCAGUGGCUGGCGGAGACGCGGCCCUUUAAGAAGCCGCGGGCGCCCUAGGGGGCAGAGCACCGGACAACAGCAGCGGCAGCAACGAGGCAGACGCCACCAUGGCCCUGCAGGCUGAUUUUGACAGGGCUGCAGAAGAUGUGAGGAAGCUGAAAGCAAGACCAGAUGAUGGAGAACUGAAAGAACUCUAUGGGCUUUACAAACAAGCAAUAAUUGGAGACAUUAAUAUUGAGUGUCCAGGAAUGCUAGAUUUAAAAGGCAAAGCCAAAUGGGAAGCAUGGAACCUCAAAAAAGGGUUGUCGACGGAAGAUGCGAUGAGUGCCUAUAUUUCUAAAGCAAAGGAGCUGAUAGAAAAAUAUGGAAUUUAGAAUACAGCAUAUGAGGAAUAUUUGCUUUUGAAGUCUUCCUAAUGCUAUCAUGACCUAACAUUUAGAGGGAGAGGCACACUGUUAACUUGAUGUAUCAUGUAUAUUUUUGCUAUUAGCAUGAAUUGUAAUAUUAGGAGUAUACUGAAACUACAUGGUUUACUCAAUUGUACUUGCUUAAACCAGGUAUCUUUAAAGUUCUUUUUAAGAAAAUGUGGUACAUAUACACCAUGGAAUACUAUGCAGCCAUGAAAAAGGAUGAGUUCAUGUCCUUUGCGGGGACAU